UCAUUCACGUAACUUCCUGUGAAAGGCUCGCCCUCGGCACAGCAAAGUUUUUCUUCACUGCAGUGUGGAUCUCUGAAUCAGGACAGUAUAGAGUAAACCAGGAAGGCUUGUCACCAUGGACCCAUUUUUAUCUCUGCUGAAUUCAAUUUCUUUGAACCUAUCUGACGGUGAUCUCUCUUCCCUUAAAUUUCUUUGUCGGAACAAAAUAAGCAAAAGGAAGCUUGAAUCAGUCAAAACUGGAAACGAUCUUUUUGCCAUCCUUCUUGAACAGCAGGAGAUUACAAGUGAUAAGAUAGAUUUUCUCCAGUUCCUGAUCAAAACCCUUAAAAGAGAUGAUCUUGCAAUGUGGCUAGAACAAUUUGUAGAAGAAGGAGAAGGCGAUAUUGUUGAUCAACCAGAUAUCAAAGAAAAACGUCAGCUGAAUGCUGCCUUUGAAGUCAUAUGUGACAAUGUUGGGAGAGAUUGGAAAAUGUUGAUUCGAAAACUUGGAAUUUCUGAUGCAAAAAUCGAUAGAAUUAUGACAGCCAACCCUUAUAAUUUGCAAGAACAAUUGAUGCAGUCACUUCGAGAAUGGCAGAAAUGGAAAGGAAAGGAAGCUAAGGUUGCUGAUGUAGUAAAAACCCUUCGGGAUUGUAAAAUGAACCUUGCAGCAGACAAAAUCGAACAGGAACUUUCAAAACUGGAGAUAUGAAACUGAAUGAAAUCCAUACAAAACCAGUUUUAAUGAUGUAUUUGUUAAUCCAGAGAAUGUGGUGCAAAGUGACGGAGUACUGCCUAAUCGUCCAAAUUGGACCUGGGCUCUUUUGGGUUUUUGUUCCUUUCUUUGCCAUUUGCUUAGAGCUCCUAGUCUGAAUUUACACCCCCGCCCAAUAUCAGAAGAUGCUAAUUUGUUUGGAUGCUUCAGUUUUUGAUUCUCACCCUGAGACUAUUUAACUGAUUUUAAUUUUUUUUUUUCCAGCAAAGGAUAAACACUCUGAGAAACCUUACAUUUUCCCAGGUUAGGUGCCUAAAAUCAGUAGUAUCUUCUGAAAAGUCUGACCUUUGCUUCUGAGUAUUUCUGGUACUUGCAUUCCUGCAUAGGCACUAAAUUAUGAAAUUUUUGCUUCCCACUGCUGCAAAACUGGAAUAGUACUAUUAAUCGAUGGUGCCCAUCUCAAAGAAAAAUGCCGUGAGCCUUAAUUAAAUAAUUCUUAUAAAGGGUUUUGUAUUUCUUGGAUGAAGGGCUUCCUCUAUGCAAAAGUAUCUUGACUUUUGUGCAUUCAAGAGCAAAGUUUCAGUUUCUUUAAUAGCCAUAUCUCAACCUACCAUCUUAUUCAAGGAAUUUGCUUUUUAUUUCAGUUGCUUUUAAAUUUUUUACCUUGAAACAUAUACUCAGGCCGGCCGCUGUAGGAACAAGAACGUCAGAUUUCUUGGGGUUUUUUUGUUGGGUUUUUUUUUUUGUCCAUUUUUGUAUUAAAUCUGUGGUGCAGCAUAUGCCUAGCACCCUCCUUUGAACUAUGAAACAUCUCCUGCCAGAUAUGGUAAAGUAAGAAGUAUCUUCUGACAGUUGCUGAAAGUCCUCAUUUUCCACAGAAGGAUACUACACCUCCAUAGCACCAGGUCUUGAGGUUUUGAGUGGGAGGAACCUGGCUCCUAUAGUAACUUUCCUUACCUGUAAGUGGGUUUGUUUUCACAAUAAAGUGCCUGAACCAAAGAUUUUUAUACUAAGUGCUUUCUCCCACCCUCAAAGUGCUGUCUCAACACUAUGAAAUACACAGAUUCAAGGAACAGCGUUUAAAAUGCCCUCCUGAAGCACUAAAGCUUACUUCCUGUGCUUACCACUCUCUCAGGACUCCCUUCAAAAUCAUCACCAGAGGAGUGGUGUCCUGUGAGGGGUUGCUCCUUUUGAUUCUACUCAUUUUGGAAGCAAAGGAUCAUCCCAUGGGGAAACUAAAAAAAACAAUAUUUCAUGCUUUCAUAACUAGCUUCUUUUGCAGAAGAAAGGAAUGUUACCAAAGGAAAUAACAAUCCAGUCCUCUAUAGUUUAUCUAUGGGAAGAUCAGAUCUUUCAGACACGUGGCUCUCACUGAAGAUAGCUCUGGAUGCAAUUCCUUUCUCAUGAGCUUUCUACAAUUCUUUUUUCAUUCUGCUCCUUUACAAUGACCUAAGCAGCCCACAAUUGAGAGGCAUCUGAGCAAGGGCAACUUAAGGUAAUACAGCAUCUUCUACAAUUUAAAAAUGUAGCCCUAACCCAAGCUCAUUAAAACUGCGUCUUCUUUAAAAGCUACUGUGCCUAAUUCACUCUUAUUUUUGUCUAACUAAACAGCUACUAUACAGAUGUAGAUCCAGGAUUUCCCAAAUCAGGGUGCAGGAGCAGCAACCCACACUGCCCUGGUGGCUGAAACUCUUGCUCCCAGCCUCCUCUGCCCAUACCAAUGUGGGCAGACCACCCUUGGGAGCCUCCAGGGACAACUCUAAGUCCCUAAAGCAGGUGAAAAUCCCCCUUCUUCUCUUCCUCAGCCUGCCACUAUUGGUUUCCCUACUGUUCCAGGGGUGGGGGAAGCAUCAGAGCUGUUCAGGGACUGGGCUCAUCUAGGGAUGGGGACAAUGCCAACAGCCUGGCAUAAAAGUAGUUCCCCUCUCCCUGACUCAUGCCUUGGAAGCAGGUACAGAGAAAGGGAUCUCCCCCACCCACCUGCAGCUGAGCCCAGCCCACAUGCAGCCCAGUUGGGGUGGACAUAAACAGCUCUGGUGCUUCCCAUGCCCCCAGGACAGUGGGGAAAGCAACAGCAUCAGGUGAGGAGAGAGAUCUUCAGCUCCUUUAGGCUAGGGACAGAAAUUACACGUGAACUGUUAUAAGUGAUUGGAAAUCGGUUCAAGUCUGUAGCACAGCAGGGCUAGGGACAGACAUUCAAGAAUCCAGAGUCUGAACUGAUUCAACCUUUGCAGGUUAGUCUAACCUGCCUAGGCUGAACCGGUUUGUAACAGGACAAACAUUCUUUCCAGACUGAGGCAGGCACAUGACUGCAGUUGUUCAGGUCAGGCACUGGGAGGUGCUAGAGCAUGCCCUCGGUUGCAGGGAAGCUGUGCUGGGGAGGGGGCAUGGCCAGUCUGAGCUGAACUGGCUAGAGAGGGGUUUAAUUCCUCCCUCUCUAUCCCACUAGCAGGGAUCUGAGCCAGGUUGGCCAGGUGCUCCCCUCUGGCUGCUGCAGAAAGGUGGCACCAUGGUCCCCAAGGCAGAGGGGGGCAGAGAAGAGAGUUAGUCUUCCCUCUACCCCCACUGGCAGCUGGGUCUCCCUGCCAUUGCUGCCGUGCUCUCUGAAUAGACCCUCUGCUGUCCUCUCCACCAGAUGAGGGAGGGAGGAGAAAUAACCCCUGUCCCUGCACCCCCGUCCCCCUCCAAGGGGCACUGCCGGUCGGUAUCUGACUGCUCCCCUGCCCUGCUGCUGCAGCGGGAGGGGGAAGGGCCCUUGGUGGGGGCAGCAGUCCCUGUCAUAAUGUGGGGAAGAACAAGCCUCUUCCCAGCGGGGGUGCUGAGCUGCAGGGCCAGCAGAGCUGUGGCAAGCUGCAUGCAGCAGCACUGGAAUCCAGAGUGGGCCAGAGCCUUGCAACCUCCCCUCCCUCUCCCCCCAUAGCACUGUUGCACUUUGCAGCAGCUCUCCCAGGCCCAGAGAGCAGCCCCCACUGGGAAGGGGCUUGCAUUCCAGGAAGCCAUGGGAGGCUGUUGCCCAUCAUGGUCACUCGCUGCUCCAGCUGAUGGAUGGGGGUGGAGCCUGGCUCCCACUGCUCAGUCUCUAGUCGGGGCAAGACCCCUCCCGGCAAGAGGGGAUUUAUUCAGCUACUCGCCUCAAGCACAGGCUGAGCGGCAGCUGCCGCUGGGCUGGGCACAGCCCGCUGUGCUGCCAGUGGCCAGCGGCCCUGAGCACAGAAAUGCUCCUGGCACCACAGUGGGGUCUGCCUGGCCCAGCCACUGCCAUCACUCUGUGCUCAGGGCCAGCCCCCUCCUGGCAGGAGAGAGCUUAUUCAGCCACUGGCCCUGAGCUCGGGCCAACUGGCAGCUGCAGUCAGGCCAUGCAGACCCUGCUGCAGUGCCAGCAGCCUCUCUGCAUCUGGCCCUUUCCAGCCCCGAUGCUGCUGCACACAGUCUGCCACAGCUCUGACAGCCCUGCAGCACAGUGCCCCCACUGAGAAGGGGCUACUGUCCCCAACAAGGGCCCUGCCCCUUCCCACCGCAGCGGUGGAGAGGGGGCAUGGCUAGGCAGGGCCCCUGGGGGCAGGGGGGAGGAGCAUGGAACGCAGCAGCAAGGGUGGGCAGACCUGGCUGCCAGUGGGGGUAGAGGGGAGACUAACUCUCCUCCCUGCCCUCCUCUGCUUCAGAGGCCAUGGUACCCCUCUGCUGCAGCAGCAAGGGGGGAAUGCCCAGCAGACCUGCCAGCCUGAUCGAGAUGGGGGGAAUUAAACGCCUCCCUGGCCAGACCCCUGCCCCUGCCUGUCUCUGUUUGGGCUGCAGAUCAGAGGGGUGGGGCCAGCCUGGAGCAGAGAGCCCAGCCUAUAGAGCAUGCCAGGAUGCUGGGGGUCUCUGGUUUAACUUAAACCAGUAAGGGAUCUGGGACAGACAUUGCAUAAACCAGUUUGAGCCAAAUCAGUUAAGUCUGAUACUACAUUCAACCAGAUUUAUCUCAGACCAGUUUCAACCAUUUUGAAACUGGUAUAUGUGCACUGGAUGUCUUUUCUUUUACAGGUUUAAACCAGUUUCUGAUCACUUAAACUGGUUUGUGUGUACUGUCUGUCCCUAGCCCAGAAGUUCAAUGUGUAUAAACUGCUUUCAAAAUGUCUGAAACUGGUUUAAGAUAACCUAAAUCAGUUUCUCCAUCUAUCCAUCCAGGUUAAGUCAGUUACUGAAUUUCUGUCCCAGAUCCUCUCCAGAUUCAAGUUAACCCCAUCAUCCCAGGAUGCUUUACACCUCCCCUGCAACCCCCUUCCCCCCCCCCCUCCUUGCAGGGCGGGUGGGCUAGCCUUGACCCAAGCUACCUGCUCCAGGCAAGUAGGGAGGCAUGCUCUAGUGCCACCUAACUUCUGGCCUAGGCCGCUGCAGGUAUGUGACUGCAUUUCUGGAAUAAAAGUGAAUGUUUGUUCCAUUGCUUAUUGGUUAAAUCUAUGCUGCUUAGACUAACCUGUGAAGAUUGAAUUGAUUCAGCCUCAACUUUUUUAACUGUCUGUACUUAGCCAUAAGGGCUUUAAAAAGUCCUCAGAAGCUCCUGUGGUGUGGUCCAAUCCAAAAGGGGUGUGCAGCCCUACCCACUCUGGAUCCACUCCUGCACUAAGUAUCAUAAGACUGAGAAAAAGUGGUAGAACGGGUGUCAACAUAAACUAUAACAAAAAUGACAAGUGUUCUACAGAAAUUGUCACAGGCUUCUCAACCUUUUUCAAGGUACUUGGUGCACCUGCUUCAUAAGCUGACAAGGUAACAUUUAAUUACAAUUAUUAGAAACAUUUCAAUGUGUACUCCCUGUUUGCACUGCAAUAUUACAAAAAGCCUACAGACCAAUUAAAGCCUGUCUUAAGGAAUUAAGUAAUGCACAGCCUUCUUCGUUGGCCUUCUUUACCAGGGCAAAAAACAUCAUUUGUUUUGUGGAGUUAAUAUGACUGCACAUCCAGUCACCCAACAACUGCCAUGUUUUCUGAAGAAAUUAUGUUUGGCUCAAAUCUGCAUGUGCUUUAGAAUUUGUAUACAUUAGGUGCACUUCAUAAAUGUUGUUUCUUUAAAAAAAAAAACAAACCUCACAUUUUUAAUAAAAUGGAAGUAGAGCCUGUAUUGAAAGUUGA